CUCUCCGCAACUACGUUUGCCUGUCUCUCUUUGGUGAUCCGAACCAUUUGACUGUCUAUCUGGCUUAUUUCCGGCAAGAGGGUAUCUUAAAUCGUUUGGGCCAUAAAGUGGCUAGAGUUAGGACAGCAUGACAAUCUCAGCAGGCACGAAACGAGCCAUUCUUGAUAUCACACUGUUCCUGGUGUCUCAAGCAGCCUUAUAUUACACGGUGCGGUGGCUAAUGGAUGGCAUGAUUCCGGGAGAAAAGAAGGAGGUUAAGCCUAAGAGCUUGAAAGCGUUGGAGAAGCUCGGACAUAGGGAUCUGAAGCUGGACGAGUACGAAAAGCAGAUUGCAUCUGAAGUCAUACACCCAGAUGACAUCGAUGUUUCCUUCAAAGACGUCGGUGGCCUGGAGCCCAUAAUCUCUUCCCUCCGCGAGUCCGUCAUCUACCCGCUCGUGUACCCGCACCUCUUCAACUCCUCCUCAUUACUCGGGGCGCCCAAGGGCGUGCUGCUCUUCGGCCCGCCGGGAUGCGGAAAGACGAUGCUCGCGAAGGCGCUCGCCAAGGAGUCGGGCGCGACGUUCAUCAACAUCGCGGCAUCGGUGCUGACGAAUAAGUGGUACGGCGAGUCGAACAAACUCGUUGCGGCGCUGUUUUCGCUCGCGCGCAAGGUGCAGCCGAGCAUCGUGUUUAUUGAUGAGAUUGACUCGUUCUUGAGAGAGAGGACGAAGGGUGAUCAUGAGGUGACGGGGAUGAUGAAGGCAGAGUUCAUGACUUUGUGGGAUGGCCUGUUGUCCAGUACAAACCGCAUAUUGGUCCUCGGGGCAACUAACCGACCAAAUGAUAUCGACUCCGCAAUCCUUCGUCGUAUGCCGAAGCGAUUUUCUGUCGGUCUUCCUGACAUCGAGCAACGACAGAAAAUCCUCACCCUGAUGCUGAAAGACACAGAAUUAGACGACUCGUUGUCCAUUCACAAGCUUGCCGAAGAGACGGAAGGGCUUUCAGGAUCCGACUUGAAGGAGCUGUGUCGAAGCGCCGCAAUGCUGCCGAUGCGCGAGUUUAUCCGCGAGGCGGGAGGUGAUCAUGAUAUGCUUUCGCGCAGUCAAGAAGAGGACUUCAAGCUACGACCGCUUACGCUCGAUGAUUUCUUCCAGUCUGACGGCACGAACGGGCUGCCACCGAGUAACCCUCUCGAUGAUAUUUCCUAGUCUAUGGAGGAUCAUGUGUUAUAGAACGUGGUAUGUCCCUGAUUGUAUACUAUAAUGCAUUGCAGUUUAGACAAAUCGAUCGAUGCAUGUGUAACCACCACUCUGUUUUGUUGUUGUCUUGAGAGCCAAUCAUUGUAGAGACUUUGCGUCAACGUCUUCCGAAGCAUCUCAAAUGCAUCGAUACACGGCAGACAUGACGCGAUUUAUAAAUAUGGAAAAUCGUG